AUGGUUAACGAUCAGGCAAUGGGAACAAGUGUGUCAAAAAAGUUUAAUCUUUGGCGUCAUGUGAAACGUAAUCAUCCUAAAAUCUAUGAUGAGUUAGUAAAACAAAAAGAUGAAAACGAUAAAGCUGCCUCAGAUAAAAAACGUGGUAAUGAAAAUGAUGCCACGCCAUCUAAAAAAAAAAUAAAAACUGUACAAGAAAACAUGAGCACAUAUUUUACAUCAUCAAAAGUUACAAUCACUAUGGAUGCAAAUACAGUAACAAGAUGGGGUUCAACAUAUGCAAUGCUUGAUCGUCUUCUGUUUUUCAAAGACUAUUGCGAACAAGUUGUAGCUGCUGCAGGAACAAAAGAUUUAGAACUUAGCAAAGAUGAAUGGAAUGAAGUAAAAAAUAUCAGAGAUGUUUUGGAGAAACCUAAUAUCACUACAGUUGCCCUUCAAGCUGCUGAUCUUACUCCAGGUAUGUUUAUGAAGGAGUGGUGUAAACUUGAAAAAUGUUUGGAAGAAAAUGGAGAAUAUGUUGCGCUAGGAAUUUUAUCUUCUAUGAGAAAGCGGAAAGAAAAGCUUUUACACAACACACAUUUUCUUGCUGGAGUGUAUGUUGAUGCUAGAUACAGAAUCUUAUUGAAUAAAUCAGACAAAAUCAAAGCCAGAGAAGGUUUGGCUGAUAUUCAAUUGCGAUUAAAAAGAAAAAAAGUAUUUGAUUCAGCAAAAGAGUCAACAUCUGUUAAUGUGUCCCAGCCAACAUGUGAUUUAAAUUUUAUCUCUGAAGAUGAUGAUGAUGAUUUUGAAAAUGAGCUAGAUAGAAGAGAAAACACACGCAAAAUUUCUAUGAAAUCACACAUUGAAAAUGAUUGUGAAAUACAAAGGCAUUUUGAAGAGGACUGUAAAGCUAUUGAGGAUGUUGGAAGAAUAAAGGUGAAUGUCUUCGAAGCCAUUGCACAUUAUCCAGAUCGAAUCAGACAGUCAAGCAGAAUAGCUGCAAUCAAACGUAAAACUUUAUUCUUAUCAAGGUUGAAUUCAGAGAAGCAGUUUUUGUUGAAGAAUGCUUUCCUUCUGGGAUCAUUUUCAGGGUUAUCUUUGAGAUCUAAAGAUGACAUCAACACAAAACCGUUUUACAAACAAAUUGUCGACUUGAUAAAAGUAGGCAAGCUUCAGCAGCAUAAAAAAGAAUUUAAAGAUUCAGAAGACACAUACCACAAAGCUUUGGCCCUUAUUCAUAAUCAUUCUAAAAGUGUCAACGUUGAUGAAACCGAAAUAAGUCAAGCAAAAUCAUAUGUGUUAGACUCAAUGGCCGAUUUAGCAUUCGCGGAACAAAAGUUCGACAAAGCCCAACGACUAUACCUUGAAACCAUGCAAGAAUUAAUAAAUGUACAAAAGUUUGCACCAGACGAUGACUCCAUUUUAGAAAUUUCUCUCAAACUGUCAAUGAUUUAUGUAGUUCAAGGAGAAUAUGAUUUAGCUGAACUUGGUUAUAAAUACUGUCUUGAUAUAUUAGAAAAAAAGACGAACGGUGAAAAUGAUGCCGUUAGUAUCGAUACUUUAGCACUUUAUGGAAUGUCUUUGGACUCUUACGGGAAAUAUCUUUUUUAUGUUAAAAGAUUUUCAGACUCAUUAUUGUCUUUAAAAAAAUCUUUAGCAAUCGCCGAAAAGCUUCUUGACCACGAAAAUCCACAGUUAUCUGUUAUGUACAAUGACAUAGGAGUUCUUUCAAUUCAUCGAAAGGAACUAGAUUUAGCUUUGGAAUAUUUGGAAUUGUCAUUAAAAAAUGCAAAAGAAGCUCAUCUAUCAAUAAUUUAUUACAACAUAGGAGAAGUUUAUUUUCUUCAAAACAAUUACGAAAUAGCCGCCACAAAAUACGAAAACGCACUCAAACAUUGUGACAAAAGCUCUAUUCCAGAAAUAAAAACAAAAAUCAUGAAUGCUAGGUUAAAAUUAGUUUCUGUGAUUAAAAUUAGCUACGAAGAGUGCUUAAUCGGACAGUUAGAAUCGCAAAAAAAUGUUUAUAAUUACAUAAACGACUCGAUAGAUUUAUGCCAUUGGCAUCCACAUGUUGUCAGAACGUGUCUGAGAACGAAAACGCUUUUAACCGUUCAAAUAUGGACAAAAUCUCAAGAUGUCCUUCAAAGCUUUUUCUCUGUAAUGAGACCAUUAGGCGCUGAUAACAUAAGCUUUGGCACUUUCACAAGCUUAGACAAAAGAGUCGUUACAGGAGAUUGCCUGGGAAAUCACGAAAUUGUUACAACAAGCAAGAUAUAA